AGAAAUAAAAAUCCAUGCAGAGAGUGCUUUUCUACUCUUCGCACUGAACUCAUCUUCUCCACCUACAGAAAUGAGCCCAAAACAACUGAUGAACUGCUCAGGGAUGUAACAUAGUUGUAGACAGCACAGUUACAAUAACAACAACAAAGAACUGAGUAAGGUUCAUAGUAGCUCCCUUAAAGACAGCAAAAGAACAUACUGGUCUAUUUAGUGGAAAAAAGGUGGCUAAAGUGCCGAGGGGGAAGGUAAAUAAUUGCUCAAAGCAACAUAGAGUUUGUCUUAAAACAGCAGCAGCUGACCUUCUCCAAAAAGCUGCAGUUACGCAGCAACUGUGCUAUAUGCAGAAGUAAAGAUUAAGUGCGUAGUGCAUACAAAGGUUAUGCUGGUAAAUCAGGGAUGUCUCCACUGGGAGUCUGACUGCUGGGAGGUGGGACGAGAGCAGAACUGCAUCCUGCGAUCACCUUAAGCAGAGAGGAAUCUCAGUAUGGGCAUAAAAUAGUAAUUACAGGAUUAACAUCUUUUUUCUGUGAAGAAGCUUCAGUCUGUCCUACGGUGCUUGCAAAGGACAGGUAAGUUCUUUUUUUUUCCUUCCUUCCAUGUAUAUUUCCAUGGCAAGUUUCAAAACACACAAUACUGUACACUUUGCUGAACUCCUCAGAUGUAAAUGACAACUUCCACAGAAUUUCCCUAUCAUUGCUUUGGAGAAUCUUCAUGGCUACAGCCUUUUAUCAGCAGGCUGCAUUUAUUUCCUUAUGAAAUCCAGCCAAAUGCUACUGACAACAAAUUCCCCCUUUCUCUUCUGCAGCUCCCAAAAAGCCUUUUGGAGUUCUGGUUCACAGGACAUACGUGUGGGUCUUAGAGUGUUGUAAUCAGACAAUCAACCUUUUCUCUUGACGUAGAAGAUGACCUCUGCUAGGUCUAUAAUUUAUUCACGUGACUUUUACUAACAGGUCCUACAGCACAAAGUUAUAUCCAGCUCUUCUCACGCUGCUGUUCCCAGCUCCUGCAUUUAUUAACCAGAAAGCCUUCCAAAUGUUAUCUGGUAGCACAAAUUAAGCAGUUUUGUUCUGCGGAUCGUGUUCCUUAGCUCGCUCUUUCAUUUCCUCUCAUUCAACAUUAUCACAUUAUGUUCCCUCUUCUUAUGUGCUUUUCCUCUACACAAAGCUCUUUAAACAGCUGCAAAGGGGGAGGGACCACAAUGCUUAUGAAAACUCCACUUUGCAGAAUGCUUCUGCCAGGUCCUACAGUCUGUCUCUUUCCAGGGAUUUAAUACCUCCAAGAUUCAGGAUUGCUUUUACAUCUCUUGCUUGUGCAACCCUGACAACAGAGCCUACUGCCAGCUGUCUUAAUUGAAGAGCAGUAACCACCUCUUCCUGUUACUGCCAUGAGGAAUACGUACACUCUCUUUCUCUUUGUAGUGGGCUCCUUCUAUUUCAACGGAAGCACUGCAGCAGAUGCUGAGGAAAAGCUAAUGAACCACCUACUGAGUCCUGACAGGUACAACAAGUUAAUUCGCCCAGCUGUCAACUCAUCCCAGUUGGUAUCUAUAGAACUGCAGGUUUCCCUGGCACAGCUCAUCAGUGUGAAUGAACGAGAGCAGAUCAUGACUACAAAUGUCUGGUUAAAUCAGGAGUGGAUUGAUUAUCGUUUGGCUUGGAAGCCUUCUGACUACGAAGGAAUAAAUAUGCUGAGAAUACCUGCAAAACAUAUCUGGCUGCCAGACAUUGUGCUUUACAAUAAUGCGGAUGGUACGUAUGAAGUUUCACUAUACACAAAUGCAAUUGUACAGAAUAAUGGAAGCAUUCGCUGGUUGCCUCCAGCAAUUUACAAGAGUGCCUGCAAGAUUGAGGUUAAGCAUUUCCCAUUUGAUCAACAAAACUGCACCUUAAAGUUCCGGUCUUGGACGUAUGAUCAUACAGAAAUUGAUAUGGUACUUAAAACUUCCAUGGCAAGCAUGGAUGACUUUACACCAAGUGGAGAAUGGGAUAUUGUAGCACUCCCAGGAAGAAGAACUGUAAAUCCUUUGGAUCCCAAUUAUGUUGAUGUGACAUAUGACUUCAUUAUUAAAAGGAAACCUCUUUUUUAUACCAUCAAUCUUAUAAUUCCCUGUGUGCUAAUUACAUCCUUAGCCAUCCUGGUGUUCUACUUGCCUUCAGACUGCGGUGAAAAAAUGACCUUAUGCAUAUCUGUGUUGCUUGCUUUGACCGUGUUCUUACUGCUGAUCUCCAAAAUUGUUCCUCCAACAUCUCUAGACGUGCCACUGAUUGGGAAGUAUCUCAUGUUUACAAUGGUACUGGUGACCUUCUCGAUAGUUACUAGUGUCUGCGUACUCAAUGUCCACCAUAGAUCUCCAAGUACUCACACCAUGCCUCCAUGGGUAAAGUUGGUUUUCCUUGAAAGACUCCCAGCCUACCUGUUCAUGAAGCGACCAGAAAAUAAUUCUCCACGGCAAAAGCCCUGCAACUGCAAAAAGACAAGAGCAGAGAAUCUUUGCAUGGACCCAGCCAACUUCUACAAGAACUCUACUUACUUUGUGAACACAGCCUCUGCCAAAAAGUAUGACAUGAAAAUCACUGAUACUCUUGACAAUGUCAGCAGCCAUCGAGAUUUUAGGUUAAGAACAGGCACAAAAUUUUCUCCUGAAGUCCAAGAAGCAAUUGAUGGAGUCAGUUUUAUAGCAGAGCACAUGAAAAGUGAUGACAACGACCAAAGUGUCAUUGAAGACUGGAAGUAUGUUGCCAUGGUAGUGGACAGGCUGUUUCUCUGGAUAUUUGUCCUUGUUUGUGUUCUGGGGACUGUUGGAUUAUUUCUGCAGCCACUCUUUCAAAACCACAUUGCUGCCACGAACCCUUAGCUCUUAUCUAAAAUUGUCAAUGCCUACACAGAUGCUGGGUCUCAUCCUGCUCUCAGUUUCCCUCUGCUAAAUCCAGAGAGAUGUCAGACGAGUUGCUCUCCCAUCGGAUGUACGGUAGGGAUGUGGAAAGCAGCAACAUUAUUUUGAUAGGAAAAAAUAUAUUUAAAAAAAAAAGCAUUUUUCCCAAUGAGUUCAGUACUUCUGGUGAUCUCAUGGCUCUUUUUUCAACUCUCUGAAGCCUGAAUAUUAGAGAAAGACAUUUCCUGUAUAAUGUGCCAGCUUGGCUCACAAGGAUUGUUUAUUAAAAGGGUAUUUUAUAUACAUUGCCUCAGGAAAGCCAUUUUCUUUCCUUAGAAUACUGCAGUUUCCAUACUACAAAGGAGGCAUUUAUUUCCUCAAAUGCAUCAAAAUGAUUUGUGUCUGAUUUAUACAGAGCGUGGCAGGUGGAAUCAUUGUUUAACUGUGUUGACUGUGAUAUUUAAGACUGAACUGAGAAACAGAGCCAUACUCCUGGUUUCUCAUUGUGCUGUCCCUGCUAGUAGGUUAAUCAACAAAGGCCAAAUUAAUAUGUAAUAUUAACAUUUAUAUGCUCUGUUCAGUGACAAAAUGUAAAUAAAAUGCAAAAAUUCUCCCUUAUAUAUAGUCCUGAAACAUUCCUACAAUUUUUAACAGCUCAUAUAAGUGGCAUUCACAUACACCUUCAUGAAUCUAAGGCUAAAAGUAGAAGAAAGCAUCCUGGGAACAAACCAGCUGUGAAAAGUGGCUAAGACACCUGAGAACAAACCUGCAUGUUUUGCUGAGGAGAUGUUAAAGCAGGUUUAAAUACCAUCCUAAACAAUCAUAUAAGUGCUAUAAAAGUACAUAACACAGGUAGUGUCUUGGCAAAGGAUGGAUGAGGGCCUGAGCAUCCCACCAAACACGGUUUCAGCCAACCUCUUAACCUCCACAAAGAGAAGUGCAGUCCUGAUAUUCUUCAAGCUAAACCAACCUCAGCUUCUCCUAGAGGUGUUAUCAGGACACAUACCAAUGUUACAAGCACUGACAGGUACAAAUGACUGGUGAACAAAUUUAAAAUUCACUACUUGAGCAGGGGAUCUGGCUUACCUGUCCUGGGAGAGGAUUAGCAGACACUUAAAGCUGUCUUCUUCAGCAGGCUCUGGCCUGAUUUGCUUUCAUUAGAACUUUAGUUUAGUUCACCUUAGUGAUGUCCCUAUCUAGAUCACUGCUACAGAUAAUAACACAGAUAUACAUGUGCCACAGAAACCUUCCCAAUCGUUCACAGAAAUUCCAAGACCUUUGCUGACCCACGUGUUCUCUCCCCACCUCCCCCUAGGGGUGGCAAUGCUUCUGUCCUCUCCCAGACAUUAACUGCUCUGGACAUACCCCAUGGGGCCUGGAUGAAGGUGGAGUUCAAAAGGGGUUAAAUCUGCUUCUCUCGCCUCAAAUAUCUAAUCUUAAACCUAAAUAGCACAGCUGUUUUACUGCAGCAACAGAAACAGUGGCUGUGAGAUGAGAGACAACCCAAGGGAACGGAGGAGCACUUUGUCCAUCCCAGGAGACUCCUCUGUGUUAGGUUAUCUGCCAGCAGCUGCCAUGGCAUAGAAUAUCAUAAGCACAUGUGCACACAAUGCCCCAGCUGCUAGGUAGUUCUUUCUGCUUACAGAGAAGCCAGAGGGAAGCCAGAGCAGCUGCCGGUGCUGCGCAGACAGUGUAAAGG